AUGCGGCUUGGAUCAAUUACGACUUUCCUUUCAUGGGCCUUGGUCGCUUCGGCCACCAUUCUUGAAAAUGGUCAAGUGAGAGAGAAUGCCUACCCUGGCCAGUUAGAACCAGUGACCCUAGACGAUUCAUGGAGGAACUAUCCCGCGGAUGCCCCGGAGAUCUCAUACAAAGGUCGAUGGGAUAGCCAGCACAUUUCUUGGUGGUCUGCACCCGGAAUCAAGCUCGAGUUCUCUGGAGAAAAGCUUGCUGUGCAUUUCGGCCCUAGCACUAUCACAGGCGUUCUAGUCGCCUACCGUAUCGGCUCUCUUGACUGGCAAUUCUCUAAUAUCACUGCCUCGUCAACAUAUCAAUUUGUUGGACCAUGGUCAGAGCUCAAAGAUGGCGAUGAACCCGUCGAGAAAAAUACCUUUGAGAUGAGAGUUCAAAUUGCUGGUGUAGCUGUCGCCGAGGGCGCUGCCCUCACCAAGCCCCCGACCUUCGGAAAGAGAGUCGAGAUCAUCGGUGGCUCGCUUGCAUCUGGCCAAUUCGCCACCUAUGAGACAAUCUCCUCAUGGUCCUUCCUCUUCGCCAACGGCUUGGGCAAUGCCGAAUACGGCAUCACAGCCUAUCCCGGCGUGUGCCUUGCAGAUGAGCAGUGUUACAACGGUGGCUCUCGCGGCGUGGGCUGGUACUGGCACCGUGCCUCCGACCCCGGCUCUCGCGCACGUGCGAUGUACGACCACUCCCCCGAGAAGUGGGACGUGAAGGCAGAGCAACCGGCGGAUCUUGUGAUUAUCCAGAUGGGCGGUAACGAUCACCGCAUGCCCAACGAAAUCCCCGGCCGGGAUUACUACCAUGCCUACGUCGAUUUGGUAGAGGAUAUCCACUCCAACUGGCCCAACGCGAUCAUUCUUCUUAUGUCCCAAUGGGGUGGUUUCAAGAAGGAAAACAAGAAGUGGGUCGGUAGCACUUACUAUCUGGAAGAGACCAAGCAGGUCAAUGAGCACUUCAAGGACCGUGGCUUUGUCUACUAUUUCCCCACCGAGGGUCUGCUGCAACACAAUGAUAUCAACCCCAAGAACCAUCUUACCGAUGUGGGACAUGUCAAGAUUGCCAGUCACUUAUUGCAGUGGGUUAAGUUGGUGCUCAGGUGGAACCUUGAGCCCACUGGUGAGGUCCAGUCUGGAACUGCUUACUGGAACGAUCAACAGGAAUAUUGA